AUGCCUGUUGAUGACGAGGUUGGCAAUGAUGACAACACAGCUGCUGGCUUGCCUGGACUUGCAAGCGACUCACCUGGACUUUUGAGUCAUGGCUCACCUGGACUUGGAGCCUCUGUUGGACCAGAACAUACCAUGGAUCUUGGACUUUCAGAUCCAGCUCCCAUUGGACUUGAGGAGCCUGGUCCCCAGCAGCAUCCUGCGCUUCCACUGGACACCUCCAUGGAUGUCCCCAUCAGUGUUGGUGAACCAUCAAGAGAACCAAGCCCAACACAAGCCAACAGGCCAACGACCUCUGACAUGCCUCCACCUUCCAGCAUCCCUUCAUCAUCACAACCACAAUUGGAUUCCAUCACAGCUUCUUACUACCAGCCUGCAACUGCUGAAGACUUCAGAGCACAUCGACGACGGCUACAACAACAAGAGACUAUGUCAUUUGGACCUUUUCGAAGUCGUCGACAAGCCUCUGAAUCAGCACCUCCUGAUUCAACACAUGGUGAGGGCCCAUACACCAAGCCCAAGGAGGACGAUGGAGCAUCCUUUGUUUUUUCUGCCUUUGAUGUCGAAGAUUUGGAUUCAUCGGCACUCCCAUCUGGCUGGAAAUUUGAAAAUGGCUACAUUCAGCUCACCGAGCAGCCCAAGGACUAUUGGGAGAUCAAGAGCGGAUGCCUGAUUCGGCACCAUGUGGUUCCUCGAAGAACUCGCUUUGAUCCGAACAAGAUGUCAGAGAAGGACAAGAGCCACAUCCCCAUCACCUUGGACAAGCUUGACCCUACUAGAGAGACAGUUUGCACUGGACCAAACGAGGUCAGACACUACCACGAUGUCAUUGGCGACUUGUCCUCAGCAACGAACAAGCCAUGGGUGGGCUGCACCAUCUUUCAGAUCAACGGCGCCACAAGACAAGAGUUAGGAAUGACUGCCUACUCUGUGAAUGCCCUGUUCUUUGUGGACUUUUGUACGCAUGAUGACCGUCCGCAGUGGACUGAAUCAAUGGACGUUGACGAGAUCUAUGGCUCCGUGGAUGAGAAACAUCUCUGCGAAGAGCAAAGACUCCUUGACGAUGCGCACGUCUCGGUGGAUGAAGCCACUUUUGUCGAGACCUUUGUGCCUCAGAAUGUCCUGCACUCUGACCUCUAUGACGUUUCUGACCCCAUGCACUCUCCUGAGAAUGUCCUGGCCUCUGCCGAGUCCCUUGACCCCGCGAAUGACCUAGUGACUGAGAAUGCCAACACGUUUGUGAAUGCCCAAGCUCCUGCGGAGACCUUUGUUCCUGUGAAUGUCAAAGCCCCUGUGGAGAGCUUUGCCCGGGCGAGCAAUGUCGCGCGGCCUUGUCUAAAGUAUGUCAUGGCGCUGUCACUGCUGGCUGGUUGCGCGGGCGACCCCCUGUGGCCAAUGGUGGACAAACACCACGACUGGCGUGAUCAAUGUGCGCUGGGCGAAAACUCGAGCGCGACUGCUCACACUGGUUUUCACUGGAUUUGGGUGAUCUUCCUUUUCAACCUUGUCUUUUCCGUUUGCUGUUUUUGUGCCGCACUUCUGAUGAGACGCCGAUGGUUGGAAAUGGAUCGAGCACGGCUUGAACUAUACCGUCAAAAUGAAUACUUCCGUGCUGAGAUCAGGAAACUUCGUAAUGAAAUCAUAGACGUUGACUGGCAAAGACAAGACCUGCAGUUGAAAGUUUUGGAUCAUGACAGGAUCCGCAGUGAAGAGCGAGAAGAAGAUCAAAGGGUCGUUCGAAAGGCCAGUGGUCUACUUGACCGCAUUUUGGUGGAGCUCGAAAUCUUGACAGGAACCACAUUCUUUGAAGAUUGUGCAGCUUUCUUUCACCAACAUGGACGUUGGGACUACAUGCAGACAGUCAUAGAGUGA